GGCGAAGAGGUUCUAUCCGGGGCCUUGGCGCUUCUCUUUCCUUUCGCGCCGGUUGCCGCUGCGGAGCGCGGCCGGUCCAUGUGCGCAGUGAGUGGCACUAUCCCUGGCCCACUAACACCCGAGACCCCGGUUUGCCCGAGUCGGCGCAGCGAUGGACCCCAACACCAUUAUCGAGGCCCUGCGGGGCACCAUGGACCCUGCGCUGCGUGAGGCCGCAGAACGCCAGCUCAAUGAAGCACACAAGUCUCUGAAUUUUGUGUCAACACUGCUUCAGAUCACUAUGUCGGAACAACUGGAAUUACCUGUGAGACAGGCAGGUGUUAUAUAUUUGAAAAAUAUGAUAACACAGUAUUGGCCUGAUCGGGAAACAGCACCAGGGGAUAUAUCCCCUUACACUAUUCCAGAAGAAGAUCGACAUUGUAUUCGAGAAAAUAUUGUAGAAGCCAUUAUCCACUCUCCUGAGCUCAUCAGGGUACAGCUUACUACAUGCAUUCAUCACAUCAUCAAACAUGAUUAUCCAAGCCGUUGGACUGCCAUUGUGGACAAAAUUGGUUUUUAUCUUCAGUCUGAUAACAGUGCUUGUUGGCUAGGGAUUCUUCUUUGCCUUUAUCAGCUUGUGAAAAAUUAUGAGUACAAGAAGCCAGAGGAACGGAGUCCAUUGGUAGCAGCAAUGCAGCAUUUCUUGCCAGUUCUGAAGGAUCGCUUUAUCCAGCUUCUUCCUGAUCAGUCCGACCACUCUGUUCUCAUCCAGAAACAGAUAUUCAAGAUCUUCUAUGCUCUUGUUCAGUAUACACUACCACUGGAGCUGAUAAACCAACAGAACCUGACAGAGUGGAUAGAAAUUUUAAAGACUGUUGUGAACAGGGAUGUACCUAAUGAAACACUUCAAGUUGAAGAAGAUGAUAGACCUGAGUUACCAUGGUGGAAAUGUAAGAAGUGGGCUUUACAUAUUUUAGCAAGGCUUUUUGAAAGAUACGGGAGCCCUGGCAAUGUUUCCAAGGAGUAUAAUGAAUUUGCUGAAGUAUUUCUGAAGGCAUUUGCUGUUGGUGUCCAGCAAGUUCUAUUGAAGGUGUUGUAUCAGUACAAGGAAAAACAAUAUAUGGCUCCUCGAGUAUUACAACAGACAUUAAAUUAUAUUAAUCAAGGAGUUUCCCAUGCCCUUACCUGGAAGAAUCUGAAGCCUCAUAUACAAGGUAUUAUCCAAGAUGUUAUUUUUCCAUUGAUGUGCUAUACAGAUGCUGAUGAAGAACUUUGGCAAGAAGACCCUUAUGAAUAUAUACGUAUGAAAUUUGAUGUGUUUGAAGAUUUCAUUUCUCCCACCACUGCUGCUCAGACGCUUUUGUUUACAGCCUGCAGUAAGAGGAAAGAGGUACUGCAAAAGACCAUGGGAUUUUGCUAUCAGAUUCUUACAGAACAAAAUGCUGAUCCUCGAAAAAAAGAUGGAGCCCUGCACAUGAUUGGUUCUUUAGCUGAAAUACUUCUGAAGAAAAAGAUCUACAAAGAUCAGAUGGAAUACAUGUUGCAAAAUCAUGUGUUUCCUCUCUUCAGCAGUGAACUAGGAUACAUGAGAGCGAGGGCUUGCUGGGUCCUCCAUUAUUUUUGUGAAGUAAAGUUCAAAAGUGACCAGAACCUGCAAACGGCCUUAGAGCUGACAAGAAGAUGCCUGAUAGAUGAUAGGGAAAUGCCUGUGAAAGUGGAAGCUGCUAUUGCACUUCAGGUGUUGAUCAGCAAUCAAGAAAAAGCUAAAGAAUACAUCACGCCAUUCAUUAGACCUGUAAUGCAGGCUCUUCUUCACAUUAUAAGAGAAACAGAAAAUGACGAUCUUACCAAUGUAAUUCAGAAAAUGAUCUGCGAGUAUAGUGAUGAAGUUACUCCUAUUGCAGUAGAAAUGACCCAACACUUGGCAAUGACAUUUAAUCAAGUAAUCCAAACUGGACCAGAUGAAGAAGGAAGUGAUGAUAAGGCAGUUACUGCUAUGGGAAUUCUGAAUACGAUCGAUACGCUUCUUAGCGUAGUUGAAGAUCAUAAAGAGAUAACUCAGCAACUUGAGGGGAUCUGCUUACAGGUCAUUGGUACUGUUUUACAGCAGCACGUCUUAGAAUUCUACGAGGAGAUCUUCUCUUUAGCGCAUAGUUUGACGUGUCAGCAAGUGUCUCCACAGAUGUGGCAGCUGCUACCCCUUGUAUUUGAAGUCUUUCAGCAAGACGGCUUUGAUUACUUUACAGAUAUGAUGCCUCUGCUUCACAAUUAUGUAACAGUUGAUACAGAUACACUUCUGUCUGAUACGAAGUACCUUGAAAUGAUAUACAGUAUGUGCAAAAAGGUUCUCACAGGAGUUGCAGGAGAAGAUGCAGAGUGUCACGCAGCAAAAUUGUUAGAGGUCAUCAUUCUACAGUGCAAAGGGCGUGGCAUUGAUCAGUGCAUUCCCUUAUUCGUGGAAGCCGCUUUAGAGAGACUGACCAGAGAGGUUAAGACAAGUGAACUUCGAACAAUGUGCCUGCAAGUCGCUAUUGCAGCUUUGUAUUAUAAUCCUCAUCUGCUGCUUAAUACCUUAGAAAAUCUUCGCUUUCCUAAUAAUGUCGAACCAGUUACAAAUCAUUUUAUUACCCAGUGGCUUAAUGAUGUUGAUUGUUUCUUGGGGCUUCAUGACAGAAAGAUGUGUGUACUGGGCCUAUGUGCUCUUAUUGACAUGGAACAAAUACCACAGGUUUUAAAUCAGGUUUCUGGGCAGAUUUUGCCGGCUUUUAUCCUUUUAUUUAAUGGAUUAAAAAGAGCAUAUGCCUGCCACGCAGAACACGAGAAUGACAGUGACGAUGAUGAUGAAGCUGAAGAUGAUGAUGAAACAGAGGAACUGGGAAGUGAUGAAGAUGAUAUUGAUGAAGAUGGGCAGGAAUACUUGGAGAUUCUGGCUAAGCAAGCAGGUGAAGAUGGAGAUGAUGAAGAUUGGGAAGAAGAUGAUGCGGAAGAAACUGCUCUGGAAGGCUACUCCACAAUCAUUGAUGAUGAAGAUAACCCUGUCGAUGAGUAUCAGAUAUUUAAAGCUAUAUUUCAAACUAUUCAGAAUCGUAAUCCUGUAUGGUAUCAGGCUCUGACUCACGGUCUUAAUGAGGAACAAAGAAAACAGUUACAGGAUAUAGCAACUCUGGCAGAUCAAAGAAGAGCAGCCCACGGUGAUAAAAUGGUGACUGCUAAUCUACACUACCAUAUCAAGAUAGGGACUGCUUCACUCACCUCUGGAAGUAUAGAGCAAGGGUGGCCAAACCACAGCCCUGGCUAGGGCUUUAUGUUGCUGUUCAGCCCAAGACGUAGUUCCUGAAGCAAGCAUGAAGAAAAAGUCACUGAGAAUUGUAUUAUUAUGACUAAGCCAUGUCUUUGGGAAUAUCUGGCACAAUGCCUUAAGAACAGUAGGCAUUCCAUAAGUGUUUGUAAAAUGAAUGACCUAAAAUUACAUUAAAACAUAUCAGUUGUAAAACUGGCCGUUUUGUUCUAUGUAGUAAUUUAUAUUUUGGUGUAAAGAUAAUCAGUGUCCCCCCUGAAUUCUAGCUCUACCCUUGAUCAGCUUGGCCACCUUUAUACUUUGGCAUAGUAAAGAAAGGUUGCAUAUCAGUUUACAUGGAUGUUUAGUUGCAUGUCUCUAUUCCCUUCCCUCCCCGACAAAACAAAGAUUUUGAAAGUGGUCUUUGAGAUAGUGCUGGACUCUGACUCUACCUGAAAAGGGGAAAGUUACCUAAACAAAUUGAGAUCCUCAAGAGAAGGCUCUUUCCUAAGAACAUAGGAAUUGUUUAAUUAAACUUGUUCAUUCUGGCUAUAAAGUAAUUAAGAUUUAAGUUAUCCGGAGAUAAUAAAGACCAAAAUUAACAGCUUAAACCGUAUGCUUUUCCAAAGGAUGGUAGACCCAGACUUUAACUUACCCAGCUGCCUUAUGAACCUCAUUCCUUGGGUGCUCUAGUCUACAUAGUCCAAGACUACUCACCACUAUGUAGCCUUUUUAAAUAAAAGUUUUAAGAGAUAAAAGAGGCGUGCCACAGGCCUUUUAAGGUCCAAUACAACAAUCUGCACACAUUGCUUCCUCAUAUCAAAAGCCAACAAACAUGUAUUCAUAGGACCAUUCCUGUCUUGCAAAGAAGCUCAGCAGUGUAGUUCUUACAGAGCCAGGUACCCUGCUAAGACCUGGGUUUUAUCACUGUGAGAGGAGGGAAUACACAUCUUAAAAAAUUUUUUUCUUUGUUCAGGUUUUAUUAGGCACAAGGAAUGAUUGCUUUAAAAAAAAUUUUUUUUUUUUUUUAAUUCUGCCUUCUUAUACAGACUGAAAUUUGUCUAUUACGCCAGGUAGUUGAACCCUAUAUUUAAAUGCUCCCCAUCAGAGUCUUUUAAAAUCCUUUUAAGAACACUCAACCAAUUAAGAACUGAAGGGAAUUCCUCAGCCUAAUAAAGGAAAUCUACCAAAAACUCAGCUGAUAUACAUAAUGGUGAAAGACUGAAACUUUCCCUGUAAGAUCAGGGACAAGACCAGGAUGUCCCCUCUUGCCACUUUUACUCCACGUUGUACUGGAGAUUCUAGCCAGGGCAAUUAGAUAAGUGAAAGAUCCCGACUGGGAAGGAAGAAGUGAAACUAUUUGCACAUGUUAUGUAUAGGAAUCCUUAAGUCUCCCCUCCCAAAACACCCUCUUGGAGCUAAUGACUUUAGCAAGGUGGCAGGAUACAAGAUCAAUAUGCAAAAAUCAGUUUUAUUUCUCUGCAGUAACAAUGAACAAAAACAGCUAAAUUAGGAAAACAAUUCGGUUUACAAUAGCAUUAAAAAUAAUAAAAUUCUUAGGAAUAAGUUUAACAAGUGCAAAACUAGAAACUACAAAACAUGGUUGAAAGGAUACCUAAAUAAAGACAUCCUGUGUUCAUGGAUUGAAAGACAAGAUUGUGAAGAUGGCAAUACCCCUCAAGCCCCAAAUUCAUCUACAAAUAGAAUCCCUAUAAAAUCCCAGCUGCCUUUUUUGCAGGAAUUGACAAGCUGAUCUUAAAAUUCAUAUGGAAAUGUAAGGAACCCAAAAUAGCCAAAAAAAAUCUUGAAAAAAGUUACAAAGCUACAGUAGUACUACAAUGCAGUGCUGGCAAAAGGAUAAAAAUAUAUUCGUGAUGGUAUAGGGUUGAGUUUCCAGAAAAAAUCUUACAUCUAUGGCCAAUCAGUUUCUGAAAAGGGUGCCAAGACAAUUCCAUGUGGUAAAGCUUUCAACGAAUGGUGCUGACAGCUGGGUAUCUAUACACAAAAGCACAGGCUGGUUCACUACCUCCUAAUUGAAACCUGUGAGA